UUAAACCACCACCUCCACCUCCUUCCUUCCUCCUCCUCCUCCAAGUUCCAACCCCUCCCCUGAAUCUUCUUCGUACCACCGCUCUCCUCUCCUCUCCUCCCCGUCGUGCCACCCACCGGCUCGUACACACACACGCUCGACGCGCGCUGCCAUUUUUUUUUGUAUCUUAAUAGAGGGGAACUAUUAUUGUCCCUCCUUGGCCCCGAGUUCGGGAGCUUCUCCCGGCUUCGGGCUUCCUUCUGCGGCGGUUACUCGACGGCUCUCCCUGCGGGAUCGCGGUUCGGUGGAGGGAGUCUGGGGCUCCGGUGGCAUUUUUCUGAUCCGGCAUUCGUCGAGGCGUGCGUUUUUUUGGGCGGCGGCGGCUCGGUGUUUGCCUGUUUGGUGGUGGUGGGGGGCAGCCAGUACUGCAGCAGCAGGAGCAGCAGUAGCGAGCGCCUUUUCGCGGCGCCCUUUCUCAGCCGUCGCUAGCUGCUGGUUUGGUGCUGGUGGGGAUGCGCCUCGCCUUUUCGCCGCCUUCGUGUCGCGUGGUUCCGAAGCGUUGUUGUUGCCGCGGUCGCGUUGGGUUCUGGUAGAUUUUAGAAUCGCAUCUUCUGGGAGGGGUGCUGCUGGGGGCGAAGGUUCCCGUGGCAAUGCCGAGCAUCCGAGCUCCCGCUUCCAGGCAGACGGCCACGCUGCAGGUGGCUGUCAAGUGCAGGCCACUCACCGACAGCGAGCGUCGGCGCUCGCGGCAUAUCAUACAAGUCAUUGAUGACAAGAAUGUAGCUGUGUUGGACCCUGAUCUCUCCAAGGGCUACCUGGACCUCAUCCAAAACCGGACCAAGGAGAGAAGAUAUAGCUUUGAUCACGUGUAUGCGCCUGGAUGCUCCAAUACGGAUGUGUAUAAGAAUAUAUCUUCCACAAUUUUGGGUGUAGUUCAAGGCCUUAAUGUUACGGUCUUUGCUUAUGGUUCUACUGGAAGCGGCAAAACUUAUACCAUGGUCGGAAGCCAUAAUGAUCCUGGUCUUAUGGUUCUUAGCUUUCGCACAAUCUUUGAUCAAAUAAAAAAGGAUGACAGUUCAGAUACAUUUGAAGUCUCAUGUUCAUAUCUGGAAGUAUACAAUGAGGUUAUUUAUGAUUUGCUUGAGAAAUCCUCAGGUCACCUGGAGCUUCGAGAGGAUCCUGAGCAUGGAAUAAUAGUUGCUGGCUUAAGAAGAAUUAAGGUUCACUCAGCAGAUAAGAUUCUUGAACUCCUGAACAUAGGCAACAGCAGACGCAAGACAGACAGCACGGAAGCAAAUUCAACUUCUUCACGUUCGCACGCUGUACUGGAGAUUACUGUAAGACGAAAGCAGAAAGGACAAUAUGGUAGUCAAGUUCUUCGUGGAAAGCUUGCCUUGGUUGAUCUCGCUGGCAGUGAGAGGGCUUCUGAAACGAACAACUUUGGCCAAAAGCUCAGAGAUGGAGCCAAUAUUAACCGGUCACUCCUAGCGCUAGCAAAUUGCAUUAAUGCCCUUGGCAAGCAAAAUAAGAAAGGUCUUGCAUAUGUUCCAUAUCGUAACAGUAAAUUAACUCGAAUUCUGAAGGAUGGUCUCUCUGGUAAUUCUCGAACUGUCAUGAUUGCUACAGUAUCGCCAGCUGAUGACCAGUAUCAUCACACUACCAAUACACUCAAGUACGCGGAUCGUGCCAAGGAAAUAAAAACACAUGUCCAUAAAAAUAUUGGAACACUUGACACUCAUGUUGAAGACUAUCAGAGGAUGAUUGAGAAUCUCCAGGUUGAGGUUUCUCAGUUGAAAAAAGAAUUGGCUGACAAGGAGCAUCAGUUAAGUGUGAAACCUACUGAAAAGGCUGCAGAUAAUGAGCUGUCUUGGUUAAAUAUCUUGAGUCAGGAAACUGGUGAGAAUGUUCAGGAACGCAUAAAUUUGCAGAAAGCACUAUUUGAGAUCGAAGAAACCAACAAGCGUAACCGGAUGGAGCUCCAGCAUCUUGAUGGGGCGAUUGCGAGACCGCAGGUGAAUGAGAAGGAUUAUACAGUUUUUCAAGCCUUAACAUCAAGGAGGCAAGUUAUUCUUGAUAACAUCCGUGACAAUGAUGAAGCUGGUGCUGGCUACAGAAAGGAUAUUGAACUGAAUGAGAGUCGCAGGCGUCAGCUCCAAGAUAUGAUUGAGGAAGCUACCAGUAACAACGGCAACAGGACUUACCUGCACAUUCUCAGCCAAUAUAGACUUCUCGGAAUGACUAAUGCUGAGCUUCAAAUUGAGAUGGCUAUGCGGGAUCAAGUAAUACAUAAUCAGAGGGAAUCUCUAAGGAGUCUAUGGAACAUUCUCUAUGGAACAGGGUUAAACCAGAAACAGAUUCUUAAGUUGGCUGCUAAACAAGGCUUAACUAUUGAAGGCUGCCCUUUGCCUAGUCAGAGCCCUGAUGUUCCUACAUCGCCAUCCUUUCCACCCCAUGGAAGACUUCCACCAUUCAUGUCAUUUCCUAGUCCACAAUCACAGUCUUCUCCAUCUAGUUACUUUUUCCAACAAGGUUUCAGCACCAUGUCUGUUCUAAAAAAUCAGCAUGAGACACCUACCAUAUGCAGGCAGGAGCAUCUCAGUUCUUACUACCUGACAUCUGACUGCUCGCCUUAUGCUAGUGAUGGCAAACAAUGGGCAAGUGGAAGGUCAACGCCGUACUUUUCUACCCCAGGAAAACCUAGGGAAAUGUAUGGUUUCUCCCCAGGAAUGAACAGUGAGCAAUCUCCAUGCAGUGGGGAGCACCCCGUCUCAUAUUCCGCAAACAAAGAUUUCAGUCUGCAAAGGAAGGAUUCGUGCUCUAGAGAAAGGUAAGGACACCCUGAGAUUCAAGAGUCAUGAGCUCUCUAAGCCAGCUGACAUGGCUAUAAUACCUGCCUGAUGCUUGCAAUUGAGCCUCUGUGUACAUCUUCUGCCGACACUGGUUUUGCCGGAGUUCCUGGGUGUGAUGAGCCAUGCCGUAGAUGUUAGUAGAUUAGUCAGUCCAUGCUGUUGCCAUGCCAUGGUCCAUUUCAUGGCAGUUUUGGUGCCUCUAGAUCUUGACAUGGCUCACUUCAGCCUUGUACAGUAGUUGUUAGCCCCUCACGUAGUCAUGUCCGCUUUCUCCUCCGUUCCUUGUAUAGUGUACCUCCGGGGAGCUGAAUCUGUUUUCUGGCCAAGAAUUCUGUAAAUUUGCUGUGGUUCCUUCCAACUCUUAAUCCCGCCAGGAAUUCCACGAAA